AUGUCAAGUCUUGAACAUUCUCCUCCUGAAACUCCAUCGGAGUGGUUCACUCCGACCAACACUCUAGCAGAGAUCGAAGAAGCACCACUAGGAGAGAGAGCAACAGAAGAAAUACCAUCCAGAGAUAGAGUGAUUCAGCAGACGAUGAUCAAGAAGACAAAGCCUUGGUGUUGGUGUAUUGCUGGUGUGAUGAUGGUCAUGAGCAUUCUGCUCAUCAUCUCCAUGAUCGCCAUUGUAGCGAUCAGGCCACGAACUCCAAGGUUUGACAUCCAAGAUGCAAGCCUACACAGCUCCAACCUGGACUUGGAGAUUGUUGCAAGGUUCCUCAACCGCAACAAGAAGAUGGAAGUGAAGCUGGAGAGUGGUGGGCUUCAACUAAAGUUCAACAAUUAUGUGAUUGCUGCUCAAGACAUCCAACCAUUCUCACUGACCAAAAGCGAGACAAGGUUAGAGCCCAUCCAUCUUAUCUCUCUUCUUCCAAAUGUUCUUCCUCUGAAAGAUGAGAUGGACCUUCAGAGACAAGUUGUGAACAACCACAUUGUAUAUGAGGUUGAAGGAACUUUCAAAGUGAAAUCUUACUUUGGGUUCCUUCACUUCUCAUCUACUUUGGUAGGAAUUGUCUGA